GUAGUUGACGCACUUGUUCAUGCUUUUUGCGAGAGUUCUCCUGCAGUGAUUUUUCAGCGACAGCAGGUCAGGGAAGAGAGGCAAGUGUAUUUGGAGGCGGAGACACGAGAGCCGAGAGUUUUGAAUUUCUCAGGAUGUGGACGAAAUUCAGCUCCCGUCAGGCUUUUUCAUUGUGGAAAGCAGCUUCGCUAAAGAAUGGGCGUGAUGCCAGCGCCGUCUGAGUAGAGGCCUUUCGACGUCUUCUCUGUGCCUGACAUUUGUCUUUUCCAUUAGUUGUUGAAAGCAGUUGCGUUUUUUGUCGAGAAAAGUUUUUGUUUUUCCAUUGUGAUUGUACCACUUACAUAUUCAUCAAAACCAAAAUGAUGCAAAUUUUCCUGAGGUCCGGAAGCGUAUCAGCUCGACCGGGGACUGUCUACAUCAGGUCGGGACCAUUCAGAGGACUGCCGCUGGUCUCAUCGACUGUUGAAAAAAGCUACGGAGUUGUUUUGCCGCGUUCCUCAAAUAAACUGACUGCUGCGCAGCUACCAAUUCCACAAGGAGCGCAGCACGGAACAAGUAGGCCACACAGCUCCACGACGGCGACAAGCAGCUCCUCAUCUUCGUCCACUUCGGGCCGAUCGGAAUUUGAUGACGAUUUGUUGAACUUCGACAGGGACAGCCAAAAAAAGCAACGAAACCGCAUACCAUCUGUUUUCCGCUUUCUCGGCAUGGAGGAUAAAAUUGGAGUGUUUGUUGAGAAAAGCAGGAUGCUGUUCCCAGGGACGAGUGUUUUCACAUCGCGAAUUUUUCAAGUACUUGCAUCGAGCAGAGGAAGUGCAGGAACUUCUACGUCUUCAACCUCCUCCGGUUUCACGGCCCUGCACCAAACCUCGGGGUCCCUCGAUGCCAACAAAAUCUUCGCGCGACGGUUGAUCCUGUACGGUGGCGCGAUUUGGGUUUUCUCCCUCGGCGCGCUAUUUUUCAUGGUCCCGUUCUUCAAACUGAUGUGCCAAUCCGGGGGCGAUAACGGGGCCGCGAACCGGAACUUCGUCGGCCACAAAACGUACAACCAUCUGGAGAAGGCCGAAGACCCGGUUUGUGCAAACCGAUUGGUGAAGGUGAACUUCAACGGCACCGUCGCGACCAACCUGGACUGGGAGUUCCAGCCGCAGCAGCAUUCGCUCUACGUCGCGGUGGGCGAAACCGCGUUGGCGUUUUUCCGGGCCAAAAACAUCGGCACCGAGCCGGUCAUCGGAACCUCCACUUACGCGAUUUUUCCGCCAGAGUGCGGGUUGUUCUUCAACAAAAUCCAGUGCUUCUGCUUCGACGAGCAGCUGGUGAACCCGGGCGAAGAGGUGGACUUGCCGAUUUUGUUCUACAUCGACCCGGACUUCGCCUACGACAACCGCGUUGCCAAAGUGGAGGAGUGCGAGUUGAGCUAUCUGUUCAUGCCGAGCGAGUCGAAGGUGCCGACCGAUUACGCGGAACUGCAGGAAAUUAUUACAAUGAAAAAUGCCCCCACCCCCCCCACUUGGGGGCAUUUGUAUUGCAAACCUUUCCAAAUGAAACAUUCGCCCUCUUGCAUCUAUCAGCAUCACAGAUUUCCGAUCGUGAAUAGCAGAAAUUUGCAUUGCAAAAGAUCCCAGCAAGACCGGCGCUUGUCAUGCAAGCGAUGCGACACACACCGAGACUCUGCAUCAGAAAGGUUCAUACUCCUGUCAUGUAUGACAAAAAGUUUUCAUUUGGAAACUUUGCAUCACAACUUUUUGCAACUUUGGGGGUGGGGGCAUUUUUCCUCGCGAUAGAAAUGCGGGAAUUCCAGUUGGAAAAAAUGAAGGCGCGGGAGGAGGAAAUUGGGAGGCAAAACAAGGUGGUUCCGAAGACGCUGGGAAAUUUAAACAGUUUGGAAGACAUCAAAAAUCAUCCUGCGAUUGCGGCAGCAAUUUGAGGAAAGUCGGUGAUUGGAUGUUAUUGAAAGAGGUGCGAUUUUUGUAUAAGUAGUUGAUGGCGCAUGUAGGCGCGCGAGGCGCAGUUGUAUCGACUGCAGAGUCGGCCGCGUGUCCAGUAGUGAUUUUUGAGUUUGUGUGCAGAAGAUGCACGUGGCCCCGUGCAAAAAGCGACUCGAGUCGAAGACAUGAUGUUGAUGACCGGUGCUGUAUGCGAAGGUGUCACUCUUGUUCCGUCGUUUUGCGACUGUCAGUCUCGUGUCACAGCACGUGCGUGCAAUGAAAGUCGUGUGGUCAGCUGUACUCUUACGUCUCACUCCUCUCCCCACUAGCUAAGACAUGGACAACUUAUCUGCUUCGGGCGUCAGACUUCUGAUACCGGGCACAGAGC